CCUUUCUCCCUGCAUCCUGACUGGUCCGUAUUCCUGUCUUUUGGUCGCUGUGUCGCUUCCCAUAGGCUGGGAGCUUAGAAGCGGGUUAGGCUGCGGCCGGAGCUGUCAGUGAUUCCUCCCGGUACAGCGGCUGGUGAUGGGACGCAUUGGGCGGCGAAUGCGGGCUGCUGGGUGUGUGUCCGCGGAGUGACCGUAUCCCUUGUGACGGAGAGUGCCGGGGCGGCCCUGACAGUACGGUGUGCGCGCUGAGGGAACAUGGCCACCAUGGAGAAGCUGAUGAGAGCCUUCGAGUCCCUUAAAUCCUUCCAGCAGCAGCAGGUGCCAGUGGUGCCCGAGGAGCCGGUGCUCAAAGCGAAGAAGGAUCCUUCCACAAACAAGAAAGAUCGUGUGACUCACUGUCUGACAAUAUGCGAGAACAUUGUCGCGCAGUCUCUGAGGAACUCGCCCGAGUUUCAGAAGCUGCUGGGUAUCGCCAUGGAGCUCUUCUUACUGUGCAGCGAUGAUGCAGAGUCCGACGUCAGGAUGGUGGCCGACGAGUGUCUCAACAAAGUGGUGAAAGCUUUGAUGGAUUCCAACCUCCCGCGGCUUCAACUUGAGCUCUACAAAGAAAUUAAAAAGAACGGGGCCGCGCGGAGCCUUAGAGCCGCCCUCUGGAGGUUUGCCGAGCUUGCGCACCUUGUUCGACCUCAAAAGUGCAGACCAUACUUGGUGAACCUGCUUCCUUGCAUCUCAAAAAUAUGUAAACGUCAGGAAGAGUCGGUACAAGAGACGCUUGCUGCUGCUAUUCCGAAAAUCAUGGCUGCCUUUGGUAACUUUGCAAACGACCAUGAAAUCAAGGUUCUACUGAAAGCAUUUGUAGCCAAUCUGAAGUGCAGCUCUCCCACCAUCCGCCGCACAGCAGCGAGUUCUGCAGUACACAUCUGUCAGCAUUCCCGGAGGACUCAGCAUUUCUACACAUGGCUGCUCAACGUACUGCUGGGUUUGCUGGUUCCUGUUGAGGAUGAGCACCCGACUCUGUUAAUUCUGGGUGUUCUGUUAACACUACGUUAUCUGAUUCCACUACUACAGCAGCAGGUGAAAGACACCAGUCUAAAAGGCAGUUUCGGAGUGACUCGAAAAGAGGCUGAAAUCUCUCCUUCAUUAGAGCAGCUGACACAGAUUUAUGAGCUGACGUUGCAUUACACCCAGCACCGGGAUCAUAAUGUGGUAACGGGGGCACUUGAGCUGCUGCAGCAGAUUUUUCGGACUCCUCCCAUUGAGCUUCUCCACGUACUCACCACCCCCGGGAGUAUACCGCACGUCAGUAUAUGUCGAGACGAGUCUCGCAGCCGCAGCCGAAGUGGAAGCAUCUUAGACCUUAUAGCCGGGGGAAGUUCUACCUGCAGCCCUGUUCUGUCCAGGAAACUAAAAGGUAAAGUAUGCCUGGGUGAUGAUGAAGGUUUGGAAGAUGAGUCCGAACUGAAGUCUGAUGUCACUGCUGCUCCUUGUACAGCUGGCGUUAAGAGCGAGGGAACAUCGGAUGUGGCGGAGACUUCUGGUGGCACUGCUGCGGCUCCGGCCUCCUCCCUGGAUUCUGUGACUCAUGACAUUAUCACAGAGCAGCCCCGGUCACAGCACACCCUGCAGUCUGACUCUGUAGACCUGAGUGGUUCUGACCUGGCCAGCACUGCAACCGAAGGGGAUGAGGAGGACAUUUUAAGUCGCAGCUCUAGCCAAAUCUGCACUGUCCAGUCUGACCUAGACUUGAAUGAGGGAACCACGCAGGCUUCCUCACCGGUGAGCGACAGCUCACAGACCACCACAGAAGGUCCAGACUCUGCUGUGACCCCUUCGGACAGUUCUGAAAUUGUAAUUGACGGUGCUGAGAGCCAGUAUUCCGGCAUGCAGAUCGGACAGCUGCAGGAUGAGGAAGAUGAAGGGGCGCUCAUUCUCCAGGAAGAGCUAGCAGACUGUUUCGGGAACCCGUCUCUUGGGCUGAACCAGAGUCAUCUAUUAAAAACCAUGGGCCACAGCCGUCAGUCCUCCGAUAGCAGCGUUGACCGCUUUGUCACCAAGGAGGAAAUGGUGGAGCCGGGAGACUUGGAAAAUAAGCUCCCCAGGAUGAAGGGAGACAUAGGACAUUACACGGAUACCGAUGCGCCACCUUUAGUGCACUGUGUACGUCUGCUUUCUGCUUCCUUCCUGCUCACUGGACAGAAGGGAGCUCUGGUUCCAGACAGAGAAGUGCGGGUCAGCGUGAAAGCCUUGGCGCUGAGCUGUGCCGGGGCAGCGGUGGCUCUGUAUCCUGAAGCUUUCUUCAGCAGGCUGUUCAAGCUGCAGACCGAAUGUAACAAUCCUUCAGACGUACAAUAUGUUUCAGACAUCCUGGACUACAUUAAUCACGGAGACCCUCAGGUUAGGGGAGCCUUGUCCAUUCUGUGUGGAACUCUGGUCUUUUCUAUACUGAACAAGUCUCGCUAUGAUGCUGAGCAGUGGCUAGCCAUUGUUAAAAGCUGUACAGGGAAUACCUUUUCUAUGGAGGACUGCAUUCCUCUGUUACAGAAGUGCCUGCGAGACGAAUCGUCUGUUACGUGCAAGUUGGCUUGUGCUGCAGUCAGGCACUGCAUAUCAAGCUUAUGUUGUAGUACAUACAGCGAGCUUGGAUUACAGCUGAUGGUCGAUCUGCUCACCCUAAAAAACAGCUCCUACUGGCUGGUGAGGACGGAGCUCUUGGAAACACUUGCAGAAAUUGACUUUGGGUUAAUCAGUUUCUUGGAAGGACGAGCAGAAGGGCUCCAUAGAGGUGUCCACCAUUAUACUGGGCUGCUACACCUUCAGGACCGUGUGUUAAACGGCGUGAUUGUCAGCCUUCUGGGAGAUGAAGAUGCGCGGGUGAGGCAUGUAGCUGCAGCCUCAUUAGUCCGACUGGUUCCCAAGUUGUUUUACAACUGUGAUCAAGGGCAGGCAGACCCUGUGGUAGCAGCAGCCAGAGACCAAAGCAGUGUCUACCUGAAGCUUCUCAUGCAUGAAACUCAGCCGGCGUCGCACUUUGCCAUCAGUACGGUCACCAGGAUUUACCGAGGGUACAAUAUUCUGCAGAGUCCCACCGAUGUCAGUAUGGAGAAUAACUUGUCCAAGGUUAUCACCGCUGUUUCUCACGCCCUGACCACAUCGACCACACGAGCUCUCACGUUUGGUUGCUGCGAAGCUUUAUGUCUGCUAUCAACGGUAUAUCCAGUAUGCACAUGGAGUGUCGGGUGGCAUUGUGGGUACGUCAUUUCCUCCGGCGCACAGACUUCACGGAUCCAAGUGUAUAAGAACCGAGGCCGCUCCUUCAGCAUUUCCCAGCAGAGCCCCUCAGAGGAGCCCCGGAAAAGCUGCACCGCUGGCAUGGCCAAUAUGAUGCUAUCUCUGCUGUCUUCUGUCUGGUUCCCCCUUGAUCUCUCUGCUCAUCAGGAUGCCCUGAUCCUUGCUGGAAACUUGCUGGCAGCUACUGUCCCUAAAUCUCUGAAAAAUCCAUGGACAGCAGAGGAUGAAACCAACCAGGGAGCAAACAAACAAGAAGAACCAUGGCCAGCUCUUGGCGAUCGCUCCAUGAUCAGCAUGGUGGACCAGCUGUUUGUUCAUUUACUGAAGGCCAUCAAUAUAUGUGCUCAUGUGAUUGAUGACGUGACUCCAGGGCCAGUAAUAAAGACAACCCUACCGUCUCUUACUAACCCGCCUUCAUUAAGUCCCAUCCGACGGAAAGGGAAGGAACGAGAAACCGCUGAUCAAACGGCAGUGCCGCUGAGCCCAAAGAAGUCCAGCGACGUCACUCCAGCUUCUCGGCAAACAGACACUUCUGGUCCGGCUCAAACAAGCAAGUCUCUUGGUAGCUUCUACCAUCUUCCAUCGUAUUUAAAACUAUAUGAUGUAUUGAAAGCCACCUAUGCCAACUACAAGGUGACGCUGGACCUACAGACCAGCAAUGAGAAGUUUGUGAGCUUUCUACGCUCGGCCCUGGAUGUUCUAUCGCAGAUUUUAGAACUUGCUACACUAACGGAUAUCGGCAAAAGCGUUGAAGAAAUACUGGGUUAUCUGAAGUCCUGUUUCAACCGUGAACCGGUUAUGGCCACAGUCUGUGUGCAGCAGCUGUUGAAGACCCUCUUUGGAACUAACCUGGCAUCGCAAUUUGAGGCUUUAUCAUCAAACCCAAGCAAAUCCCAAGGCAAAGCCCAGCGCCUGGGCUCCUCUAACUUGCGCCCCGGGUUAUACCAUUAUUGCUUCAUGGCCCCAUAUACGCAUUUCACCCAGGCAUUGGCAGAUGCCAGUCUAAGGAACAUGGUUCAGGCUGACCAGGAGCAGGAAACAUCGGGGUGGUUUGAUGUUCUCCAGAAGGUUUCCUCACAGCUGAAGAACAACAUUACCAAUGUUACUAAGCAUCGAGCAGACAAGAAUACUAUUCACAAUCAUAUCCGCCUGUUUGAGCCUUUGGUGAUUAAAGCCUUGAAGCAGUACACCACCACCACUUCUGUGCAGCUGCAGAGGCAGGUCCUGGAUCUUCUUGCUCAGCUUGUCCAGCUUCGGGUCAACUACUGCCUACUGGACUCUGACCAGGUGUUCAUUGGGUUUGUACUGAAGCAGUUUGAAUACAUUGAAGUCGGUCAGUUCAGAGAGUCUGAAGCUAUCAUUCCCAGUGUGUUCUUCUUCCUGGUACUGCUGUCCUAUGAGCGCUACCAUUCCAAGCAGAUCAUUGGCAUUCCCAAAAUCAUCCAGCUGUGUGACGGCAUCAUGGCCAGCGGGAGGAAAGCAGUCACUCACGCGAUUCCAGCACUGCAGCCCAUAGUCCAUGACUUGUUUGUGUUGAGGGGAGCAAAUAAAGCCGAUGCGGGUAAAGAGCUGGAGACUCAGAAAGAGGUUGUGGUGUCCAUGCUUCUCCGGCUGAUCCAGUACCAUCAGGUUCUGGAGAUGUUUAUAUUAGUCCUGCAGCAGUGUCACAAGGAGAAUGAAGACAAGUGGAAAAGGUUGUCUCGACAGAUAGCUGAUGUCAUUCUACCAAUGCUGUCAAAGCAACAGAUGCACAUAGACUGUCAUGAAGCUCUGGGUGUGUUAAAUACUUUAUUUGAAACCUUGGCUCCAUCAUCCCUGCGCCCAGUAGACAUGUUACUGAGAAGUAUGUUUGUAAUUCCAUACACUAUGGCCUCAGUCGGCACUGUCCAGCUCUGGAUUUCGGGAAUCCUGGCCAUUCUCCGCGUCCUUAUCUCACAGUCUACGGAGGAUAUUGUUCUGUCCCGAAUCCAGGAGCUGUCCUUCUCUCCCUUUCUCAUCUCAUGUCAGAAUAUUGUUCGGUUAAGAGAACAGGACAAUUUCCAUCCAACUUUAGAAAAUUGUGUGGAGCAGAACCAGAUCAAGGUCCUCCCAGAGGAAACCGUCUCUCGGUUCCUGUUACAGUUGGUGGGUAUCCUGCUGGAGGAUAUUGUACACAAGGAGCUGAAGGUGGACCUGAGUGAGCAGCAGCAUACGUUUUACUGUCAGCAGCUGGGGACCCUGCUCAUGUGUCUGGUCCAUAUCUUCAAAUCAGGAACAUUCCGAAGGAUCACAAGCGCAGCUUCAAGAUUGUUCAAGGGGGAUGGUGAUAAUGGGAACUUCUACACGUUGGAGAGGCUGAGCACCCUGGUGCAGUCCUUGUUUCCUACCCACCCUCCUCUAGUGCUGCUCUGGUGCCAGUUCCUGCUGCUCAUUGACUACACGAACUACAACUGGUGGUCGGAAGUGCACCAAACCCUCAAGAGGAACAGUCUGUCCAGCACUAAACUACUGCUAAGUCCUCAAAUGUCAACUGACAGUGACGAGCCAGAGCCACAAUCCAAGCUUGGCGUGUGCAACCGGGAAAUAGUGAGACGCGGUGCCCUUAUCCUGUUCUGUGACUAUGUGUGUCAGAAUCUGCACGAUUCAGAGCAUCUCACCUGGCUGAUAGUGAACCACGUGCAGGAUCUAAUCAACCUGUCACACGAACCCCCAGUGCAGGACUUCAUUAGUGCAAUACACCGGAACUCCGCAGCUAGCGGCCUUUUCAUCCAGGCAAUCCAGUCCCGCUGUGAGAACCUAGCAACGCCGACGUCCCUGAAGAAAACCUUGCAGUGCUUAGAAGGCAUUCACCUAAGUCAGUCUGGUGCUGUGUUGAUGUUGUACAUUGACAAGCUGCUGUGUACUCCGUUCCGUGUGCUGGCCCGCAUGGUGGAUACGCUGGCCUGUCGUCGGGUGGAAAUGCUGUUGGCUGCCACUCCACAGAAUACUAAUUCUCAGCUGCCUGUGGAGGAGUUGAAUAGAAUACAGGAGUAUCUGCAGAGCAGUGGAUUAGCACAAAGGCACCAAAGACUUUAUUCUCUGCUGGACAGAUUUCGGGCUACUGUGGCACUGGAUACAGUCAGCCCUUCUCCUUUAGUAACCUCUCACCCGCUGGACGGGGAAAAUCGGCCACGGCUGGAGACGUUGGACCCUGAUGAGAACUGGUAUGUGUCAUUGGUACGCUCUCAGUGUUACGCACACUCGGAUUCUGCACUGCUGGAAGGAGCAGAAUUGGUGAAUAGAAUCCCUCCAUCUGAGCGCCUUCCCUUUAUGGCCAGCAAGGAGUUUAACCUGAGCCUGCUAGCUCCUUGCUUAGCCCUGGGGGUGAACCAGAUGUUAGGAGAUCAGGACAGCACUUUCUUUGAGACAUCGAGGUCGGUGGUUCUGGAUCUCAUGUCGCAGACUGUACAGCAGCUGCCAGUCAGUCAUCAGCUCCUCCAACUUCUGCAGCCCAUGGAGAAGGACCCCUACUGGGACAAGCUGAGCAUAAUUAUAGGUGACGCCGAGGUAUACCACUCUCUUGUCACCAUCUGUCGUGCUAUGGCGCAGUAUAUGCUGUUUCUUCCAAAACUACCUCCAGCUUAUCACAUAACUCAGGAGAAGCAGUCAGACAUUGUGAAGUUUGUGGUGAUGUCAGUGGAGGCUGUCUCCUGGCACUUUGUACAUGAGCAGAUCCCGCUGAGUGUGGAUCUCCAGGCGGUGCUGGAUUGCUGCUGCCUCGCUCUCCAGCAGCCUGGCUUGUGGAAUCUGCUGGCUUCUACAGAGUAUAUGACACAAGCCUGCUCCCUCAUCACUUGUAUACGCUUCAUUAUAGAAGCAGUUGCUGUGGAACCUGGGGAACAACUUCUAAGCCCAGAGAGGAAAAAAAAUUGCUUAUCAGAUGACCAGUCUGGGGAUAAGGAGGAUCCUGGCGUUCUAGGUGCUGCAGCUAUCAAGGCUACCUGUGUGAUGAUGUCUGAGAUGGUGGAUUCUCUGCAGACCGUUUUAUCUUAUGGGCACAACAAGAAUAGCAAUAUAGCCGCGUUUCUCACUCCUGUUUUCAGAAACAUAAUCAUAAGUUUAGCUAGACUACCUAUAGUCAACAGCUACACCAGAGUACCCCCAUUGGUGUGGAAACUUGGCUGGUCCCCUAAGACAGGGGGGGAUUUUGGAACGUCGCUUCCUGAAAUUCCUGUUGAGUUCUUGCAAGAAAAAGAAGUAUUUAAAGAAUUUAUCUACCGCAUCAACACAUUAGGAUGGACCAGUCGCACGCAGUUUGAGGAGACCUGGGCUACAUUGCUCGGAGUUCUGGUGACACAGCCUAUAGCAAUGGGCCAGGAGGAAAGCCAGCAAGAGGAAGACACGGAGAGAACCCAAAUAAAUGUGCUUGCGGUUCAAGCCAUUACAUCCCUGGUGCUGAGUGCAAUGACCAUCCCUUCCGCUGGCAAUCCAUCCAUCAGCUGCCUGGAACAGCAACCACGAAACAAGACUUUGAAGUCCCUUGACACCAGGUUUGGCAGGAAGCUGAGUGUUAUAAGGGGGAUUGUGGAGCAAGAAAUCCAAGCAUUGGUAUCCAGAAGGGACAAUAUUGCCACCCAUCAUGCGUAUCAAGCGUGGGACCCCGUGCCUUGCUUAUCUGCUUCAACCACAGGAGCUCUUAUAAGCCAUGAGAAGCUAUUAUUGCAGAUCAAUACAGAACGGGAAAUUGGCAACAUGAGCUAUAAGUUGGGUCAGGUCUCUAUCCACUCUGUCUGGCUGGGAAACAACAUCACUCCACUGAGACCUGAGGAACUCGAUGAAGAAGAUGAGAAUGAUGCUCCAGCCCCGUCUUCUCCUCCAGUAUCUCCCAUAAACUCUAGGAAACAUCGUGCUGGAGUGGAUAUACAUUCCUGUUCUCAGUUUCUUCUUGAGCUGUACAGCCAGUGGAUUCUCCCCACUAGUACCGGCAAGAAGACUCCAGUCAUUCUGAUCAGUGAGGUGGUGAGAUCGCUGCUGGCAGUGUCUGAUUUAUUCACGGAGAGGAAUCAGUUUGAGAUGAUGUACACGGCUUUAACUGAGCUCCAGAAGCAGCACCCAUCCGAGGAUGAAAUUCUCAUUCAGUAUCUAGUGCCUGCAAUCUGCAAAGCUGCGGCCGUGCUGGGAAUGGAUAAGGCUAUCGCUGAGCCUGUCAGUCGAUUGUUGGAGACGGCACUUCGUAGCACUCACAUGCCCAGCCGCAUUGGAGCCUUACACGGUAUCCUCUAUGUGCUGGAGUGUGAUCUUCUGGAUGAAACGGCCAAGCAGCUUAUCCCAAUCAUCAGCGAUUACCUGCUCUCCAACCUGCGGGGAAUCGCACACUGUGUAAAUCUUCAUAACCAGCAGCACCUACUCAUUAUGUGCGCUGCCGCAUUCUACUUGAUCGAGAACUACCCCUUGGAUGUGGGGUCAGAGUUCACUUCGGGCAUUAUACAGAUGUGCGGAGUGAUGGUGUCUGGGAGUGAAGAGUCCACGCCGUCUAUGAUCUAUCACUGCGUUCUGAGAGGGCUGGAACGCCUCCUGCUAUCCGAGCAGCUGUCCAGGCUGGAUGGGGAAGCUCUGGUAAAACUGAGCGUUGACAGAGUCAAUAUGCACAGUCCCCACAGAGCGAUGACUGCAUUAGGACUGAUGCUGACGUGCAUGUACACAGGGAAGGAGAAGAUCAGCCCCGGCCGCACAUCAGAGGCGAAUCCGGCCGUCCCAGACAGCGAAUCUGUUAUCGUAGCCAUGGAGCGUGUGUCUGUACUUUUCGACAGGAUAAGGAAAGGAUUCCCCUUUGAGGCCAGAGUGGUGGCGAGGAUCCUCCCCCAAUUUUUGGAUGACUUUUUCCCCCCUCAGGACGUAAUGAACAAAGUCAUCGGGGAGUUUUUAUCCAACCAGCAGCCCUACCCACAGUUUAUGGCGACUGUUGUUUACAAGGUCUUUCAGACGUUGCAUGCCACUGGGCAGUCCUCUAUGGUACGUGACUGGGUGAUGCUGUCCCUCUCCAACUUCACUCAGAGAACGCCGGUGGCCAUGGCUAUGUGGAGCCUCUCCUGCUUCUUUGUCAGCGCGUCUACCAGCAAGUGGAUCUCUGCAAUUCUUCCACAUGUGAUCAGCAGAAUGGGAAAAUCGGAGCCAGUGGACAUCAACCUGUUCUGUUUAGUGGCCAUAGACUUUUACAGGCAUCAGAUAGAUGAAGAACUGGACCGCAGAGCCUUUCAGUCAGUGUUUGAGCUGGUGGCUGCCCCUGGAAGUCCCUAUCACAGCCUGCUGAUGUGCUUGCAGAAUGUGCACAAGAUCACGGUGUUCUAAGCACUGAGCGGGCGACGCUGGCAGUAACAACGCAACAGACAUCCUAAAACAAGGGAAACUCUACAGCUCUUCUACGUCUCCAAGCCCCGAGCAACCUCACCAACCCCGCCCCGGAGUAACCGUGACUCUCACACUUCUCUGAAUGUUGCUUCUUGUACAUAUGUCCUGAUUUGCAAAUAGAUCUUUGCUUUAAUGCAGUGAAUGUAAAUGUCCUGUUUCUUUAACGUGUUUUUACAGUGGAAGUCUGUAAUAACACAAACCUGCACCACUAAACAAUA